UUCUCCGUGCAUCAGCCACCGUCGCGCUUCAACCUCUCCGUUCAUGCAUCUUAAGCUUGCGCUGUUGCUCUACUCUACUCAUCUUUGCGGGCUGCACGGGCUGCAUGAUAGUCGGUAGACUUGCAUAUUCCUUACCUCUGACGACAGUUUAUAUUGUCCAACAUACCAUGGCAGACGUUCGAUCGUUGCUGCGAAACGAGCUUGCUUCCCGCAAAGGUUCAUCUUCGGCAGGGACGCGUUACACCAAGAAGCGCAAAGUAGACAAUGAUGAUGACUUGAUGCGCAAAAGACAGAGACCCACUGCUGUAAAGGCAGAACGAUCAGCUAUAAAACCUCCAAGUGCCCAAAUUAUAACCGAACAAGAGGAAGACUUGGAGGUCUCCGAGAAAGCAGUCACGGGUCCAGAACCCCCGUCCGAACCAGAAGAGGGUGCACAGAGAACAACUGAAGAUGAGGCGGGGUCUCCAACCGUAUCAACAGCGCCGGUAGAAGCGUCACAACCUCAAACCAUAGAUGAAGACGAAUGGGCGGCCUUUGAACGUGAAGUGGCGGCACCGACUCGUGUUCCGCACGCACCUGCUGCCGUUGCUGCGCCGGCUACAAUAUCUGCCGCACCUAUUUCUGCAGAAGAGCUUGCAGCACAACAACAAGGUGCAAAUGAAUCGGCGGCACGGUCUCGUGAAACUGAGGCUGAGGGUGAACGUGAAGAUGCUGCCCGUUUUCUAGAAGACGAGUUCGAUGAGAUGGAUCAGCUGGAAAAACGAGUACGACGAUUAAAAGAAAAACGUGAAGAGCUGAGGAAGAGGCGGGCGACAGAGAAUCCAGAGGCACAUGACCGGGAGGAUAAACCUGAGCCACCACCUACUGCGGAGAAGACCGAGCAACCUGCACCGGCCGAGGAUGAGGAGAGUGAAGAUGAUGAUCAGGAUGAUGACUGGGACGAUUGGAGAUUCAGGUAACAGGGCUACCUGAGAGAGUAUUUUGAGGAGAAAUAAAAGUUGGGCGUUUCCUAUGAGUUUCGGGCGGCGAUUCCCGUUCUGUUGAUACCCUGAUAAAUUGAAUAACGAGAGAUGCAUGAUAUUGCUGUUGGUUUUGUCUCCACACACUCGCUGUACAGUACAAUCUUAUGGACAACUUAUUUCAAUGAAUUACAGACCAGAGUUAAUACACAGUUUAUGCAAAUC